ACGGAGCGGACCUCCGAGAAGGCAGCGUGGAUCGGAGCGCUCCGUGCGUCACAGUGACCGGGACCCAGCAGCAGCAGCAGCGGUGAUGGAGACUCCGCCUGCAUAGUUGUGGAACUUAUUUCAGCCGUCAGAGGAGGAGAGUGACCUGCUGUUGGGGAGAACUACCUUCUUUUUUCUUUUCUUUCUGGUGUUUUUUGUGGAUCCUGCAGCCCAGCUUGGGUUGGUUUUUUGGGGAGGUUUUGUUUGAGCCUCCUCAUCCUCCUGACUCAUCACCUCUGGAGGAUUUAUCACCUGUGAUUUUCAUUUUCAGCUUUUUUUCCAGCCCACAAUUAAAGAGUUGUGUGGAGGGUGUGCAGCUGGAGCCAGAGGACAGAGGGCUUGCUGGAGACAGCAUGGAGCUGGCCGGGUUUGGAUGUAGGGCUGCUGUUUGGGGGAUGCUGGUUCCGAGGAGGAGGAGGAGGAGGAGGAGGAGGACCGGAGGAGCGGACCUGCUGCUGCUCUGCUGCCUGCUGGCUGCUCGCUGCUCGGCGCACGCCUCAGAUGCCUCCACAUCUCCCUCCUCCUCGUCGUCCAGCCUCGGAGGUUUCGUGGACUUCACCUUCACCCAGGAGCCUCAGGAUUCGGUGACCGUUCGCGGUGGUACGUUGCAGCUGGACUGUCAGGCUCAGUCGGACGUGGCAGCGGCCGGACCUCCCGCCAUCACGUGGCGUAAGGACGGCGUGCUGCUGAGUGCCGUGGUGGACGAGCGACGGCGGCAGCUGGCUAACGGAUCGCUGCUGGUGCAGAAUGUGGUGCAUUCGCGGCACCACCGGCCCGACGAGGGGGAAUACCAGUGCCUCGCUACGCUGGACGGACUGGGCAGCAUCGUGAGCCGGACGGCGAAGGUCACUGUGGCUGGUCCCCUUAAGGUGGUCGUCCCCACCGAGUCGGUGUCCUCGUACCUCGGGGACACCGCUCUGCUGCGCUGUGAGGUCUCUGGCGACCCGACGCCCGUCAUCCGCUGGCAGAAGAACCGGGAGGAUCUGCCGCUGACGUUCAACCCCGAGUCCCGCCUCGCCGCGCUGCCGUCCGGUUCGCUGCAGGUGAGCCGAGUCCAGCCGCCCGACUCGGCAACGUACCGAUGUCUGGCCGACAACCCCGGCAGCACCAGGACCGGGACGGACGCCGAGCUGCGAGUCCUUCCAGAACCCGGAGUGACCAGAAACCUCCAGUUCCUGCAGCGUCCGUCCAGAGUCUCGGCUCUGCUGGGAACCGACGCCGUUCUGGAAUGUUCCGCCUCCGGAUACCCGACUCCCAGCAUCCAGUGGAGGAGAGGAGAGGAGCUGAUCCAGAGCUGGAAUAAGAAGUACUCUCUGCUGGCCGGCAGUAAUCUGGUCAUCAGGAGCGUCACCGACGACGACUCUGGCGGCUACAGCUGCAGCGCCUCCAACAAGAACCACAACAUCACGGCACAGGCAGAACUCAGCGUUCUGGUUCCUCCUCAGUUCCUCAACUACCCGACCAACACUUACGCCUACGAGUCGACCGACAUCGAGCUGGAGUGUGCCGUGACGGGAAACCCACCGCCGACCGUCCGCUGGAUGAAGAAUGGGGAGGAAGUCAUCCCCAGUGACUACUUCCAGAUCGUGGACGGCAGCAACCUUCAGAUUUUGGGUUUGGUGAAGUCGGACGAAGGAUUCUAUCAGUGCAUCGCCGAGAAUUCGGCCGGCAGCUCGCAGGCGAUGGCUCAGCUGCUGCUCCGAGAACCAGAGGCCACGCCCAGUCAGCUUAGCCCCACCCAGACUCCUUCUGGCACCCCUUUGACUUACUCCUCCUCCUCUGAUCCCCCACCAGUGUCCCCCAGCCCAGGCGUUGCCCUCCCCUCUGCCCCCCGCGACCUGGUCCCUGUCCUAGUGUCCAGCCGAUUCGUCCGACUCAGCUGGCGCCCCCCGGAGGAGGCCGGAGGAGCCGUGCAGACCUACGGCGUUUACUACUCCCAGGACGGGGUGGAGAGGGAGCGGUCAGUGAACGUCUCGGAGCCGGAGUCCCUGGAAUUAACGGUUUCCAACCUGAAGCCUGAAGAGAGCUACAGCUUCAGGGUUAUCGCCUACAACGAUGUCGGACCUGGAGAAAGCUCCGCCCCCCUCAAGAUCACCACCAAACCCGACCUCCAGGUUCCCAGCCGGGUGGAGUCCCUCCGAGCUGGAUCUUUGUCUCCGACCUCCGUCCAGGUGAACUGGGAGCCUCCCAGUCUUCCCAACGGCCCGGUGCUGGGAUACCGCCUGCUGUGGACCGAGAGUCCGUCCGGCAAGGAGCAGAGUGUGGAGGUGAACGGACUCAACUACAAGAUGGAAGGACUCAACAAGUUCACCGAGUACACGGUUCGAGUUUUAGCCAUCAACCGCUACGGACCAGGAACCGCUUCAGAACCCCUCAGUGUCACGACCCAAUCAGACGUUCCCAGCGCUCCUCCUCAGAACAUCACCUUAGAGGUUGUCCUGUCCAGGAGCAUCAAGGUUUCCUGGCAACCGCCUCCACGUGGAGCUCAGAACGGCCUCAUCACCGCUUACAAGAUCAAAUACAGGAAAACGGGUCGCCGUGGAGACCAAGAGGCCAUCGAACCCAACAACUUCUGGUACCUGUUCACAGGUCUAGAGAAGGGCAGUCAGUACAGUUUCCAGGUGGCAGCCAUGACGGUGAACGGAACAGGUCCGGCCAGCGAGUGGUUCACCGCUGAGACUCCGGAAAACGAUCUGGACGAGAGCCAGGUACCCGACCAGCCGAGUUCUCUUCACGUCAGGCCACUCCCCAACAGCAUCAUCAUGUCCUGGACUCCGCCCCUCAGUCCCAACAUCCUGGUCCGAGGCUACAUCAUUGGCUAUGGAGUGGGAAGUCCCUACGCUGAGACGGUCCGGGUGGACAGCAAGCAGAGAUACUACUCCAUCGAGAACCUAGAGCCGAGCUCACACUACGUGAUUUCCCUGAAGGCCUUCAAUAAUGCCGGGGAGGGAGUUCCUCUGUACGAGAGCGCCGUCACUCGAUCCCUGACAGACCCCAUAGACCCAUCUGAGGACGACCUCUUCCACCUCUUUGAUAAAUACCCCACUCCCAUGCCAGACACCAGCACUCCCAUGAUCCCUCCAGUGGGGGUCCAAGCCGUGGCGCUGUCCUCCGAUUCGGUCCGGGUCUCCUGGGCCGACAACUCGAUGACCAAGAACCAGAAGGCGUCUGAGGUCCGGUACUACUCGGUCAAGUGGAAGACCAGCUACUCCACCAGUGGAAAGUACAAGUCUGCAGACACCACAGCACUCAGCCACACUGUCACCGGCCUCAAACCCAACACCAUGUACGAGUUCGCCGUCAUGGUGACCAAAGGUCGCAAGUCCAGCACCUGGAGUAUGACGGCACAUGCUACGACGUACGAAGCAGCUCCAAGCUCCGCCCCCAAAGACCUGACGGUGAUCAGUCGCGAAGGUCGACCUCGAGCCAUUUUAAUCAGCUGGCAGCCGCCGAUGGAGGCCAACGGACGGAUCACAGGUUACAUCCUGUACUACACGCUGGAUAAGAACAUGCCGAUAGAUGACUGGGUGAUGGAGGCCAUCAGCGGUGACCGACUCACCCACCAGGUGGUGGAUCUGAACCUCGACACCGUUUACUACUUCAGGAUUCAGGCCAAGAACGCCAAAGGAGUCGGUCCUCUGUCGGAGCCGAUCCACUUCAGGACCGCCAAAGUGGAACAUCCGGACAAGAUGGCAAAUGAUCAAGGUCGGGGAGGAGAUCACGCCUACUGGCCGUCCGACAACAACCUCAUCGACAGAAGCAGCAUCAACGAGUCUCCCAUCGGUCAGAUGCGACCUCCCCACGGCAGCGCCACCCCCCAGAAGAACAGCAACCUGCUGGUGAUCAUCGUGGUGUCGGUGGGCGCCGUCACCGUGGUCGUGGUCGUGAUCGUGGCGCUCAUCUGCACCCGGCGCUCGUCCGCCCAGCAGAGGAAGAAGCGAGCGAGCCACAGCGCCAGUAAGAGGAAGGGCAGCCAGAAGGACCUCCGGCCUCCAGACCUCUGGAUCCACCACGAGGAGAUGGAGAUGAAGAACAUGGAAAAGGCUCCGAGCAUCGCCCCGUCUGGUCGAGAUUCUCCGAUCCAGUCCUGCCAGGACCUUCCUCAGGUGGCUCACAGCCAAUCAGAGAGCCAGAUGGGCAGCAAGAGCAGCCACUCAGGAGCCGAUGCUGACGAGGCUUCCAGCAGUAUUUCCACUCUGGAGCGAUCGAUGGCCGCCAGGAGAGGAACUCGAGGAAAAAUGAUGAUUCCUAUGGACUCCCAGCCGAGCAACACUCCGGUGGUCAGCGCUAUCCCAGUUCCAGCUCUGGACUCCUCCCAGUAUCCAGGAAUUCUUCCGUCUCCUUCCUGUGGAUUUUCUCACAACAAGUUCAGCCUCAGACCGAUGCCGUUCCCCAGCCUGACGGUGGACCGAGGAUAUACACCAGUGAUGCCUUCAGACGCCUCCACCAACCCGCUCCUCCAGCAGCAGCCUCCACCCCAGGCGGCCGCUCCGCUCCUCCCAGGUUCCUCAGCUCCUCCUGGGGAGCACGUCUCCACCGUCGGCCCCGUCCCUGGAGCUCCAGCCGCCACCGCCGUCGGUGAGGACGCUCAGGCCGGCAGCAGUCGGACCAUCCCGACCGCCUGCGUCCGGCCCAGCCACCCGCUACGAAGCUUCACCAACCCACUGCUGCCUCCACCAAUGGGGACCAUUGACCCAAAGGUGUACACCUCCAUGAUGCCGCAGUCCAGUGCGAGUCUCCCAAAGCCCCAGGUGAAGACGGCGUCCCUCGGCCAGGCCGGUAAAGCUCGGUCUCCUCUGCUUCCCGUCUCAGUACCGACGGCGCCGGAUUUACCAGAGGAAGGAGGAACGAAACCUGCCGAGGAUUCAGCCGCAAACGUUUACGAGCAAGAUGACCUGUCAGAGCAGAUGGCCAGUCUAGAAGGGCUGAUGAAGCAGCUCAACGCCAUCACCGGCUCUGCCUUCUAAACUCUGAGCCCGGCCCGGCCCAGUCCUGAGCCACGGUCCAGUCUGGAAUCCUUCUUCAAGCCUCGAUGUCACCUGCUGUCCAUUCUCCAACAGGUCAAUCUGGGUUUGAAGAUGUCCUACACGGAGCCAGAUCUAUGUCUGUGUUCGGGUUGAGUUUGUUUGGUUUCUACUGGUCUCGGCUAGUAUCCACUGGGACCGGGAUUGGAUAGAAGGGAAUUAAACAGAGGAUAAACACUACAGCAGCACAGCAUCAACUCCAAGAACAGGACUCGUGUUGAAGGACUUCUUUAGGAGUUCAAACUGAAACCCCUCUAGACUCUUCAACCUCAAACACAAAACUAGAGAAACCCAAUACCUAGCGCCUCGACUUAAUGGAACAGGAGGAAAGGAUUAUCACAAAAAAAGCAGACAAAGUUAUAAGAUCCCUCCUGUUUCUCUUAUUUGUGGUAUUUAUUAGCAUCCUCCUCCGCUGAGUUCUGCUCAACUCAGUUACUGUGACUGUACCUCACUUAUUUUUCAUGGUCGCUGUUGGAAGUAUCCGUUUUGUCCUUUGAUUUCGGUUUGGGUAUUCCAACUUUGUGCGUUUACAGGAUGUGUAUAUGGUUUGAAAAUGCUUCGGGAACCUACAGUAAGAAACAGAAAACACAUCUUCAGCCACCAAAGUUUCACCAAAACGUUCUUUUUUUUUUUUUUUUACAUGGAUCCAAGGUUGCCUGUUGGUGGAGAUGCGAGGUGAUCUCUGGAAUUUCUAGUCUAUUUUCCUCAGUGUCUUUUGUUUUCUCCACUCUUUAACAUAAGAGUCUGAUUUCUCUUAACCAGCUAUCACCCAUAACCUAUGUAGCCCUUCCACCUCCUGGAUCUUAGGAUUAAAAAAAACAUAAAGGGAUUUAAAUUGUGAAGAAUCUGCAAGACCAGUUGGAAUCAUGUGGAUCUGGAUCCAGCUAACUCUAUUCUUACGGGACUGUAUAAAAACCUCCAUAGACUCCCACAGUCUGUUGCUGCUCUUGACCAAGCCUUUACUCUCCCUAGCCCACAAAAACUCCAAUCUUUACCCAUGAGGACUUGUGUCGUUGCCAAAUUCUCAUCUUGGAAAGCUUAUUGUAACUUUCUUUGUUUUUGCUCGCUGUUCAAGUCUGUCUCAAUCCCAAACGUGGACUGGAAGGCAGUGAAGAAGAUUAUCUUCAAGGAACAAAUGUGUCUGGGAUGCUGGAGUUGCAUUGGUGGGAACAGUCCCUUCUUGGAACAAAGGAAAUGUUGGUCAAAUGGUCAUAUCAGAAACGUGUUCAGAUCAACUCUCAAUAUGUUAUUUUUGCAAUUUGUCCAGUUGACACUUACUGAAUCAAAGUUACGGUAAAAAUCCAUCAAAUAACAAUUUGUUGUCUUCGGGAAGAGAUGUGCCAUGAUCGCAAGAUGGCAGUUUGUUCAUUGAGGUAACAAAGUAUGUACAUCAAUCAGCCACAACUUUAAAACCACCUACAUUUUGGAUCUUUUGGAUCCUGGAGGUUUGCCGAUUGGGACCUCCAUGAAUCUGACUGUUUCCAGCAUAUCCCGUCGAUCCUUGAUCAGAUUUAAAUGUGGGGAUUUUGGAGGCCAGAUUAACACCUUUGGCUUUUUAUUCAGCAGUUAUUGAAGUCUUGCUGGAGAAGGUCACUGGCGUUGGACAGUGAUGUCGCCAUGGGUGGGAAGAAUGUUUAGGUGCAUCGUACAUGUCGAAAUAACAUCCUCAUGAAAGACCCAGAGUUUCCCAGCAAAACAUUGCAUCACGACUAGAUGAUUAGUGGUUUCACUUCACCUGUCAGUGGUUUUUCCAAGUUGUGGCUGAUCUUCACAACUUCAAACCAAGAGAGGGCGCUGUGUUGCUCCUGUCAAACGUGGACAAAAUGGAAAUUUGGCGUUACCUGAAUGGUAAAUUGAGGAUGAGGUGUUACAGCAACAGGACUAAGGUAUAUUAUUACUGAGAGUAGAGAUGUUGAGGUGGCCAGUGAUGAUGGAAAUGGGAUUGAUCUCCACCAUUGUUUAUUUUUUUCAGUACAUGUUUGGCUGAAGGUGAGCGUGUUGUUUUUGGGCCUGCUUUUGAUGAAUCUGUAUUUAUUUUUCAUGAGACAAACACACGUGUACCUCUGUCGACCUUGACCGCCCAUGUCGGGAAAUUGCAAAACCGCCAGCUUCACUUUGAGUUUACUUCAGGGGGUUUUGGUUUUUUUUAUACAAAAAACAUGAGAAAAAUUAACAAAAAAGAUACACGCAAAUAAUGCAUAUUCCACAAAGUAUAUUUUUACAUUCGGUGUCCUGUCAGAGCUGUGUUUUUUCCAGAUCAGGUUUUUUUAAAACACAUUUCCGCAGAGAGCCGCUUUAACCACGACAAGAUACGAAAACCUACAGCCUUUGAACGCAUCAAACACAACUGCAUUUAGUUGAAAAUUCUGUCAUUAGCUGGUAUAAACAGACACUUUUGUGCCAUUUUCAGUUUUACUAUAAGCAGCCUUUAAAAAAAUGGACUGAGGGAAGGAUUUUUGAGGGAACCUGCAGCACCUUUGGGUUUCAGGGUGACCUCUGCAACACGAGGUCGGUCAGGAUCCGCCUUUCUGUUCUUUCAAACAACUAGAUUUGCAUUGACAGCAGGGCAAGGAAUGUGAUUUUGAGAAUUAGAAUGAGAUUAGAUCGGUUGGGAUGUUUUUGUUACUCUUUGUAAAAAUAGAUUUGUGAAAUGUGGCGGUGGGGGAGUGAAAAAGGUGUACACUGUAAAAAAAAAAGAAAAGAAGAAAAGAUCCUAGAAGGUUGAUUGAGUUUUACAGACAAGUGAAGUGAUAACCGGGCAAAGAUCUCACUUGUCUUUUUAUACUGCUGCAGCAAUUCAUUUUGCAUAAUGUCAACUGUCUAUUUUAUGACAUAAUUGGAAAUAAGUGCGAUUCCACCUCUCGAUUUAAGGAAAAGAAUAGAAAAAAUGGAGGCAGAGUGCAUGAAGAAAUGACUUGUAAAGGUGGAUAUUUUUUGCGUUAGUGCAGAAAGGCAAGGACUUAAAAUGACAAAUGAUUCAUUUGUCAGCUCGGAAAGAAAAAAAAAACAGGCCAUCAGUAUGCUCCAUAUUUGACUGUGUCAGCCCAGUCACCAUAUUGUAAUUUGCAGACCUUUAUCUUUCUGUGAUGAAAGGGGAAAAAGCCUGAGGGAGACAGAGGGAGCAGAAGCAGCGAAGGUGGAUUGAUAUGCAGGGUUUGGUUUGUAUGUGCAGAGCUGGGGCACAGAGGAAUGAGGCCGUGAAUUCAUUAUAACGCCCUUCUCAAAUAUUAUGAUUCAAGCUCACGCUCGCUGGGCCGUUACAGCGGCGGGGAAAAGUCCCGGGGACGGAGGGAUGGAAAGGUAACGUCUCAGCAGUGUGAAUGUCGGGAUGAAAGGUUGAAUCGGUGAAGGCAGGCGGGCGGUUCGGGGGAUCAAACUCAUCAACGAGCUCCGAGAGAUACAUCCAUCCAGUCCGAGGCUUUCAAAUUCGCUCAGAGUCACUUUUCCUCUCCUCCUUCAGAGAGCUGAACCAUCCACAGACUGAAAUUUGAUUUAGAGAGAGAAAAUCUGAUUUUGAAAAGGUAAAAACUAAAUUAAAUGGCCUGGCGACACAAGGGAUUUGUUCUUGUCAGUAUCAAAGGGGGAACGACAGAAGAUACAAGAAAGGAGUCGAGUUAAAUGGUCGUACUGGUGGUUUUUUAGCCCAUUAAAUAGUAAUGAUCCAUCAGCUCUUACAUCAAUCGCUUCCUCUCUGGAAUUUGUGAAAAUCAACUUGCAGACACUUGAAACUCUCAGCAAUUCAAAUAGGUGCGAUGUUACGCUCACUAGAGCAAAUCAUAGCUUUGUUGGUCAGAUUAAGAUUGAGGACGUCGUCACAACCAGAAAAUAGCGGCGAAACAUCACCACAAAAUUGUUGCCGAGUGUGAAUGAGAAAGGAAGUCAGUUUUUAGAAAUAACUCUUAAAGCAUUAAUUCUUAAACCAACAUAACACCCAGAAGAAUAAAAAAGCUAAUCUGCCAGCAGAACUACUGUACUGAAACCCGCUUUACUUUAUUUUAGUCAACGUUACAUAAUAUGUCCUUCUCACAACUAUUUCAUAACCGGAUUCUCUGACGGCCUGCUGGACCAUGGCAUCCAUGUUCCCUUCUGUUGGGUUUGCAGCAGUAGAGCUUUUCAGUGCUUUCGAAGCUCAUGAACACCAGCAAAUUGGUUUUCUUUUUUGAAAAAUGUGUGGGUUUGUAACAGCUUUUCCACACAGCUAUAUCAUAACUCCCCUUUUGUCUGUUUCCAUCCUCUUUUUUUUCAAUUCGUACAAAAAACCGAGUAGAAUAAAUCCUGGUGUAAAUGUGAUUUAAACUUCUGCUGAAGCUUCUGCUUCGCAAAGGAGACAAAAAGUCCUGUCAGCGAGGCCACUAGUGAUUGGGAUAACUAUUUCAGGACCAUACAAGAGACUUAAGUGUUUUUUUAUGCCUACACCUGACAAAACAAUGGUGGAACAUAGAAUGUACUCCACCUGAAGGAACCAAACACCUCGAUAGUGGUUCGCAUCGAAAUUACAUUACCGUGCAAAAGUUUGGGGUCACUUGGAAAUGUCCUUAUUUUUGACAGAAAAGCAGUUUUUUUCAAUGAAGGUAAAAUUAAAUGAAUGAUAAAUCCAGUCUAGACAUUGAUAAUGUGGUAAAUGACUAUUGUAGCUGGAAACAGCUGAUUUUUAAUGGAAUAUCUCCAUAGAGGUACAGAGGAACAUUUCCAGCAACCAUCACUCCUGUGUUCUAAUGCUACAUUGUGUUAGCUAAUGGUGUUGAAAGGCUCAUUGAUGAUUAGAAAACCCUUGUGCAGUUAUGUUGAAUAAAAGUGUGAGUUUUCAUGGAAAACAUGAAACUGUCUGGGUGACCCCAAACUUUUGAACAGUAGUGUAUAUUCUGACUAAAAUCUGAUUGAGAAAAGGUGAUUUAGACUCAACUUUUAACUGUGGGUCGUCUCUAAAAGACAAACUAAUCGAAGCAAAAAAAUGUUGGAGUAUCUUGAAGAUGACGAGCAGGACUGAAAAGUUUAAAACACUAGCUCAUGUUUAUACUGGCUUCUGGUGUUUACAUGGAACAUCUGAGCAUUUUAAAGACGUACAUCUCAGAGGCUGAUUGAUUCUGUUAGUGGAUGAUGUUUCCCUGCAACUGUCAAAACUUCCCUUGAUUCUGAUGACUUGAGUUCAGAUGCUAGACAUUAAAAUGCAACAUCUUCCCCUCCAUAUAUCUCGCUAACAUUCUUCAGUUGCCAAAACGUGUCAAAUGUUUUAUUUAGCACAUUUACUUGUCCUCACACAUUUUUUAUUUGUUGCCUUCGAGAUAAAUAAGACAUCCUACGUGCCUUUACUUUCCACCGCAGCUUUCUUUCUCCAUAUUUAGCCUCUUUAUUUGAAGCCUUUGUAAAAUGUAAGAAUGAGCUCUGUGUUAUGUUAAUUUGUUCCUCCUGUAGAUGAGACGAGCUGCUCUACUGAGGGCUUUUCCCAAAAGCGUCGUGUCGCUUUUGAAAGCCAGAGCCUCAAAAGAAGAAGUUUCACUGCAGCAGCACAGACGUGGCUUUUCGACAGCUGUCUGGAAACACAGUUGACACAUCAGACGUAGUAGAUCUACCGAUGGCAGUGAUACUAGAUUGUCCUGCGGUUAAAAUAACACCCCUUGGAUCCACAAAACGGCCAACAUGAACAUCCAAAUGUCCCGGAGCAGGAAGCUAAAUCCCCAACUGGCUCAAUCAGUGACACAUAUUGGAAGAAAGUCGUCAUUUACUUUUUGAUUCAGGCCAAAAUACGUUUCUAUUUGAACAAUGAAGAUUGUUUCACCUGAUUUUUUAAAUAAAAUUACAUGCAACUUAAGAAAACACAGAAAAAAUAUAGAAAUGAGUUGAUGUGUAUUGGAAGUUUAGGACGUAAUGUCAGAAAUUUUGCUUGUUCAAGAAGUUUUCUUCUCAAUAACACUGCAACACUUGAGAAACAAUACAUUUAAGGGGUUGUCUAUUAGUCAUUAACAAAACCAUGACAUGCAGGAGGUUUAAUAUAAUGUUUUAUUCGGACAGUUGCAGGGAAGUAACAUCCACGUAGAUCGCCUGUUCAAAAAUUUUUACAGUAAAAACCUCUAUUAAAUUAUCACAUGCUGUGACACGAUGAUAAAGGCCACAACCCGCCAAUGAAGAAUUGCAGUAUUUCUCAAAGGGUGUUGAUGGGGACAUACCUAUGUAACAUUUGUUCUACUCUACUCAAUUCAGGGCCCAAAAAAAUCCAAAAUGAAGACUUUCAAAAAGGCUGCUUUUAACCGCUAAUCAAUACAGUUCAGUUCCUGCUUUUCACCACUAGAUGUCACACUUUUACAUAUUAGUCCAAUCAUUGAAGGUGAGAACUUGCAUUAGUUGUCCUACAAAAAAAAAAAAAAGAUUUUCUAGUCAUUCCUCAAUGAAAAUCUACUUCUUGAGAUUUGGUUAUCAGAUCAACUAACAGAAAUAUCACUCACCCAUUUUUCGGACACGUCACUAAUCAAGCAGAAAUGCAAAACAUUUGCUGUCUGUUCCAGAAAACUGAUUGUCUUAAGGUUUUGGGUUGUUUUUUAAAGCCCAAAUGACCAUGGAUACAGUAAUCCUGUUGUCAAUUGCAGUCUCACUCGAUUGUGUCGCAGUUAAUUGUUAAAAAAAAAAAAAAAAAUCAAACUGUAUUGAGACAAAACAUCUGCAGGUAGUUAUGUUUUGUCAUGGUAGCGCCCUCUAGUGGCCAUAAACAAGUGGAAACAGGUAUAAAGACAUAAAGUAGGCAUGAGGAGGAGGUUGGGGUUGAUGGAUGAGUUGACAAAACAUUACUUUGCCGUUCUGAAUUGGAUCUGGUAUUAUUUUCAUCCACGAUCUGAUCACAACCUGAACCAUGGCGACAAAAUACCAACCUGUCUGCACAAAAUUACAUCCCUACUUGUUUCCAAACAAUCGUGUAUUAGAUGGGGCUGGACUUGUCACCAUGGUAAUCCAAAAAAUGGACUUCAAACAUGUAGUUAAAGACUCUUAUUCUAACCCAAACUUUGACAUUUUGUCCGAACCCUAACCAAAUGUUUUUGAAGCCUAACCUUUACCAAGCUUUUGACAAGUGAAAGCACCUAAUAAAUCGAAACAUUCUCAUAAACAGAGCCAGAAAUACAAAAAAAUAGAUCAGAAAAUGAUACUUAAUUCUCAUAGCGAUGGUCAGGUUACUGGUCUGCGCUUUCAACUUCUAAUUCUGCAUCCAAAUUGGGACUUUUUACUCUUUAAAACUGGCUGCCUUUCCAAAACAAUUGCAUUACCUUCAAAAUGUAAUUGAGAAUACAGUCCAGGUGUAUGAGAACCUCAUUUUGUGGAGACUGGGUCAUCAUUCAGGUUAGAAGAGAUGCUGUCAGAAGAAUGAAUUCAGACUGAUGGAUGAGGUCACUCAAGUGCAGAGCAAGUUGAUUUUUACAGAAAUAACCUGAAAUCCAGAGACGGUCAAAGAGAAUUAAUCUCCAAACAAAUGGAAAAUGUAAAUUCUCAAAAAAUGGGCUGAAAUAUCAAAAAUAAAUAAAUAAAUACUGACAUUCUUCUUUAACUGGUGCCAGAACAGAAGCGUCCUUCCACCCUCUUCCAUUCCAUUACCAAGCUUCCACUUCCUUUUCAUCAACUUUUAAAGUUUAUACAGGAAACAAAAGGGAAAUGGAAGGUUUUGAGUAAAAAGGGAACUUUUUGUUUUGCGUUGACCAGCACAGAUGUGUAUUUUUUCUUUUAUUUUGGUUGAACGUUACACUAAAAGCUUCCCUUCAGCCGUCUGACCCACCUUCUAGCAGAUAAAAGUGGGUUUUUAUUUAGUUUCCUGUUGGCUCUACAUGUGUAUUUUACUGUGGAGGGAAGCGUUGCUGCAGCAGAACUACAUUAAAGAAAGCUGCUUUUUUACAGUGUACAGUUCCACUAGAGUAGUAGUAACUUUUUAUAAUCAAAUUUAAUAUAUUAUUAUUAUUAUGACUUCAUUUCGAGUGCUCUUUAAAACUAUUAUUUAUAUCUGUGAUAUUUCUGCAAAUGUACAUUUAGUUUAGCAAAGAACAAAAUGAAAAAGAGGACUGAAGCGCUGUUUUGUUUUGUUUGUUUUUAGUUCAUUGCCUUAAAAGGUUUCAGUAUUUUUUUAAGAUAAUAUUGUAGAUUAUUUUACAAACCGUUGAAUGGAAACCGGUUUCGCUACGAGGGGACACAGUCACCACCAUUUUCUGUUUUUUAUUUUCAGUGUAAAUCUGUAGAUCGGGACUCUGAUCACAUCUAUGCAGUUCUUCUUUAUAAAUAAACCCUGUUUGAAACGACAGACGUGUCCGUUCGGUUCUGAGAUGCUCUGAAGUCGGGAGUUUUGACACUAGAGAGGCGAGGAAUCGGAGGUCGAGUGUGGAAAUAAUGUGAAAAUUCAGAUUUUGAGCAUUUCUGCAGAGACUUUCUUGUAUUUGUCGAAGGUGAUGCGACUGAAAGCAACUUUUUUUGAUGCGUUUAGGGGCAAAAAACACUUUUUAGUCUUGAAAACUUACAUCUUCCUGUACAUUUCUGUUAUUUGUCUUGUGACAAUAACGCUGAAAUUUUGUCAAUAUAAUGUUAAAAUUGCUUAUGUAUAGAUUUGGACAUUUUAAAGCUGCAAAAACAAACUUGUCAAACAUUAAAUUCAAUAAAGAAGACUAAAUAAUCAUAUAAAUGCAGAAAACAAACACUCACCAUCUACUUUAUUACACAAAUCUGUCAUUUAAAGCAACUGAAUAUAACAGUUUUUCCAUAAAUUCUACUUUUAUGAAGCUUCUCCAUUGGUGUUACUGAGUUGUGGUGGUUUACUGGACUGUGUUACGUUUAAAACGUUCCCUAAUAUACGUUAGUUGGGUGGACAGAAUGUUAGGAACACUUUUAAAUCCAAUACAGACCAAAGCAACAUCACCACCAUCCACUAACAGCUCAAUAAUAAGAAGUAGAAUCAUCGUCUGAACCACUAGAAGCUGCGAAAAGUAGAAUUUAUGGCAAAGCUAGUGUUUAAGAUUACCUUAGAUUGAGGAGUUUAUAUGAUGAAAUUAUAAAAUACGAAAAAAUGGCUUUUCUUUUUUAAAUUCAGGUCAUUAUUAUACAAUAUUACAGGAUUUAUUGCACCUAAUUGUGUUUAAUUCCAGCAGUUUUGGUCUCAAAAUGUUAUCUGAUGCUUUAGUAUCAAUUAGUUUUCCUGAAUUCUGUUGUCAUGACUUCAAACAUAUAAUUUCUGAUAAAUCAUCAUGUAUACAUAUCUGGGAUUCUCUAAUAUCAAUCAGAAAUAUUGGUCUCUAACUGUCCUGUAGCCUGCAGAUGUUGUGUUUUUGUUUGUUUUUUCAUAAGAUGCUAAAUGAAUGUGUCCCUAAACGCAGCAUCAGUGUUAAACUGCUUUCAGCUGCAUUACCACGAGGCGUCAGCAUCAUUUUCUUCACAAAGUUUGUGUUAAACUGCUGCCUGGGAGGCAGGACAUCAGUGUAAAAGACGCUCCGCAGGAACGUAAAGUAAACGCUCUUUGUAGGUAAUGAAGCAAAAUGUGCACAAACGCACCAGGAAAGUCCUGUAAAAGCAGCCCGUCCUCGUGAACCAGCGGUGACUGAAACUCAGAAACGCCGAUAAGAUAGAAACUGGGGGAGGCUCAACUCCUGCAUUUCAAAGGGAAACUCAUUAACUUCUUUCUUUAGGCGCUUCGCUCCUGUGUGGGAACCACUGAGGAUCAAAAAAGGGACAAAUUACACGGUUUAGAAAAAAUACAAAAAAAGGAGGGUCAGAAAAUAGAAAAAACACCAGAAAGAAGGUGGUCAGGGAUGAAUUUGGAAGAGGCCUGAUGUGGUCAGUCUGAGCUUAGAGAAGGGAAAUAAAGAGACUGAUUUGGGGUGAAAGGGGCUAAAUUAAAGCGACCUUAUCUCCUCUCACACAGACAAUUACUUCAUUUCCAGAACAUCAUCGUUGGACAGAUGAGCUGACAGAUUCCCAGUAAAUACUGUUUGACUUCAUCCUUUAAAAAAAAAAAAAAGAAGCCUAGAUACAUUAUAACCAAAUUAGCUUAGCGACUGCAAUAUUUAAGAGUGUACAUUUUGUUCAUUUGGGGAAGGAUGGUGAUGAUGAGGAUGAGGAAGAUGAGGACGUAUCUCAGAUGAAGCAAAGCGAAGUUUCUAUCCACAAUGUUGUAUACAAUUGCUGGUUUUGUAAUGCACUGUAGAACAGUCCCAUGUUCCUUUUUUAUAGAAAUGUUAUUUCAAUGGUGCAUUCUUUUUGUUUGAUAAAUAAAGUUUUGAUACAAAAGCAAACUGA